CUGGCGAGACCUACCCAGGGGACGCGCGCGAGCGCCGGCUAUGGACUCCGUAGCUUGGCUGGCGGCGCUGCUGGCGGUACUGGCGCUCCAGGCAGGGCACCCAGCAGAGGCCGUGACGCGCGGGGACACGUUCUCGGCGCUGACCAGCGUGGCGCGUGCCCUGGCGCCCGAGCGCCGGCUGCUGGGACUGCUGCGGCGCUACCUGCGUGGGGAGGAGGCACGGCUGCGGGACCUGACAAGAUUCUAUGACAAGGUGCUUUCUUUGCAUGAGGAUUCAGCAACUCCUGUGUCUAACCCUUUGCUUGCAUUUACUCUCAUCAAACGCCUACAGUCUGACUGGAGGAAUGUGGUCCAUAGUCUGGAGGCCAGUGAGAACAUCCGAGCUCUGAAGGAUGGUUAUGAGAAGGUGGAGCAAGACCUGCCAGCCUUUGAGGACGUGGAGGGAGCAGCAAGGGCCCUGAUGCGACUGCAGGAUGUGUACAUGCUCAGUGUGAAGGGCCUUGCCCGAGGCGUCUUUCAGAGAGGCACUGGCUCUGCUGUCACUGAGCUGUACAACCCCAGACGGCUUUUCUCCCUCACAGCAGAUGACUGCUUCCAAGUUGGCAAGGUGGCCUAUGACAUGGGGGAUUACUACCAUGCCAUCCCAUGGCUGGAGGAGGCUGUCAGUCUCUUCCGUGGAUCUUACGGGGAAUGGAAUACGGAAGACGAGGCCAGUCUAGAGGAUGCCUUGGAUCACUUGGCCUUUGCCUAUUUCCAGUGGCCAAGACAUGGAGUGGCCUAUGACAUGGGGGAUUACUACCAUGCCAUCCCAUGGCUGGAGGAGGCUGUCAGUCUCUUCCGUGGAUCUUACGGGGAAUGGAAUACGGAAGACGAGGCCAGUCUAGAGGAUGCCUUGGAUCACUUGGCCUUUGCCUAUUUCCAGCCAGGCCCAGAUAAUAAGAGAAUGGCCAGGAAUGUCCUGAAAUAUGAAAAGCUCUUAGCAGAGAGCCCCAACCAGGCAAUCACGGAAGCUGUCAUCCAGAGACCCAAUGUACCCCACCUGCAGACCAGAGACACCUAUGAGGGGUUAUGUCAGACUCUGGGUUCCCAGCCCACUCACUACCAGAUCCCUAGCCUCUACUGCUCCUAUGAGACCAACUCCAGUCCUUACCUCCUGCUCCAGCCCAUCCGGAAGGAGGUCAUCCACCUGGAACCCUAUGUUGUUCUCUACCACGACUUUGUCAGUGACUCAGAGGCUCAGAAAAUUAGAGGGCUUGCAGCACCAUGGCUACAGAGAUCCGUGGUGGCAUCAGGCGAAAAGCAGUUACCGGUGGAGUACCGCAUCAGCAAAAGUGCCUGGCUGAAGGACACCGCUGACCCAGUGCUGGUGACCCUUGACCAUCGCAUUGCUGCCCUCACAGGUCUUGAUAUCCGGCCUCCCCAUGCAGAGUAUCUCCAGGUGGUGAACUAUGGGAUCGGAGGGCACUAUGAGCCUCACUUUGACCAUGCUACGUCACCAAGCAGCCCACUGUACAGAAUGAAGUCUGGGAACCGAGUUGCAACAUUUAUGAUCUAUCUGAGCUCAGUGGAAGCUGGAGGAGCCACAGCCUUCAUCUAUGCCAACUUCAGUGUGCCCGUGGUCAAGAAUGCAGCACUGUUUUGGUGGAACCUGCGUAGGAGUGGUAAAGGAGAUGAUGACACACUACAUGCUGGCUGUCCUGUCCUAGUGGGAGAUAAAUGGGUGGCCAACAAGUGGAUCCACGAGUAUGGACAGGAAUUCCGCAGACCCUGCAGCUCAAGCCCCGAAGACUAAACUGUUGGCAAAGAGAACAUCCGUGGAAUUCCUGGGCUUUCCAGAGAAGCCAGAAGCCAAAAGCUAGGGUAGGAGAGGAGAAAGGAGAGCGACCUUCUGGAAGAAGGCCUUGUCAGCAUUGUCUGCUCCUUGCAAAUGGGAGACAAGGAAGUGGCCUUUACCAGGGGACACCUGAGAAUUUACAUUGUUUCUCCUCCAGGCACGAGUCACAUUAGAAUGGACAAUACAAAGGACUGGGCAAGAAAAUUGGAGAGAGAGGUUUCUAGAACUCAGAUACUCUCUGAGUUGGGAACAGGACAAUAGCAACAGUCUCUCGGGUUUGGUCAAUGGGGCUUUUGCCAGUUUGAGCCUUGACCACAGGGGCCCCGCGGUGGCAAUGCGGACACUUGCAGGAGGGGCUGGCCCGGCUGCUGUGGCUUUGUGCUCAUCUGCCCACGGACUUCUGCUGAAGACUGCGCAGGGAGUGUCUCUGUAUCAGGAGUGUACCUCACAUGAUGACAUUUUUAAAGCAGAAAGCAGCUUUUUCUUUUUUUUAUAUGAUGAUGUUUAAUACAGCCAUU